AUGUCACAAAAAGAUUUGCAGUUUUAUAAUUCCGUAAAUGAGGCAGAAUUCGAUUCGGCUACCUUAAAUUUUCAAAUUUUCGAAGGUGAAAUAGGCAUUAUUCCUGAAGUUGUAACUGCCCCAUCACCGAAUACCAUCGAAUCAACAUCACCUACCUCUUCUCUUAAAAGAAAAUCUAAUGAGGAGAUAACAAUAGAAAAAGAUGAAAAUGUGUCAGAUCAAGCUGUGGAAGAACCACCAAAAAAAAAAGCUCGUAAAUCAGAUAGAUUAGCAAAAGAAAAUUUAAAAUAUAAUCCUCAAUGGGCCGUAGUUUUUAAUUGGAUAAGACACGCAAAGGAUGCUAACGGAAAGGAUCUUAUGUUUUGUACACUUUGCGAAAAAUUUAAGAUGAAAUCGGAAUGGGCAACUAAAGGUUGUACUUAUAUGAAAAUGGAUUAUAUAAAUAGACAUCGACGGUCCCCGCAACAUAGACAAGCAAUAAAAAUGACUGAACCAGCAGAAACAAUCAUUAAAACAGAAGUAAUAAAUCGUAGUUUAGGUUCAGAGCUUAACAACACAAUAAUGCAAAUGCGUAAUUUAUAUUUUCUUUCACAACACAAUUUAGAUAUUAAUAUUUUUCCAGGGUUGGUCGCUUUAGUGAAUUAUCAAAAAAUUAAUGAAAAUAGAAUUAUAAGUGACGAACCAUUAUCGCUUUUGCGUUCACCAACAAUAAAUAAUACCAACGCUACAAAAUUUCAAACAGUACAACUUUUACAGCAAUCUUCCUCGCCUUCAAUCGCCACUGCCACCACCAAUAUCAACACCUUUUCAUCAUUUUCCAAUUAUAUUUAUACAAACCCACUUGCGAGCUAUGAAUUUUUGAAAUCUGUUGCUCGUCCAAUAGAAGAGGCUGUAAUAAAAGAGAUUAAUUCUUCGUCUUGUUGGAGCUUGCUUGUGGAUGAGAGUAAUAUAAAGGCCUCAUCCGAAAAAACCUUAACUUUUAUUUCUAAACAUAUGGUUAAUGAUAUACCAAUUUUACGUUAUUUAGGUAUGAUGAGAGUUGGUGAUUCAUCAUCCGAAUCUUUAUUUGAAGCCAUCGAGGCUUUUAUUUUGGAUAAAGGAUUGAAUAAAGUAAAAUUAGCACAUUUUGGUAGUGAUGGCGCCUCUACCAUGUCAGGAAUAAGAGAAUAUAGCGAACAGUCUGAUAUAAAUAUUUUAAAUAAUGAAGAUACUCAAUGGGUUUCAUGGAUCACAGUUGUUCACAAUUUUAAUUUAAUAAUCGACGAUAUCAAAUUAGAAUUACAAAAGAAGUUAACCUCUAGCCUGAUGGCCAAGUUCUUACAUGAUUCAAUUGAUACACAAUUUAUCAUUGCAACAAAAUUUUUAGCUGAUAUGUUGGGUAUAAUACAUUCGAUGGUAGUGGCUUUCCAAACAGAUUGCUUAUUUCUUGGUGAAACAGAAAAACAACUUUUAAAUGUUACUCAACAAAUUACUGAUAAUUUCAUUGGUAGCGAAAACUCAGCACCACGUUAUGGAACUCAUUUGGCUAGUUAUAUAACCCUUAAUUUAAUACAACCAGAAAAUUUACCAGCAUUUAUCAAAAAAUUUUCAGAAACAACAAUUUACAGCUUAAAAAAUCGAUUCCCAGACUGUUCAUUAUAUAGCGCAAUGCGGAUCUUAGAUCCGAGAGAAAUCCCAAUAGAACAAAAAUUGUUAAAAAGAUAUGGUGAAGAAGAGAUAAAAGUUUUAAUAGAUUUUUAUGGCAAACAAAAAUACAAUGAUUUUGGUGUUUUAUAUUCACCAUUUAUUGAAGAAAAAAUUGUACUAAAAGAAUGGAAGACAGUAAAGAAUUUGUUGGUAGAGUAUAAAGAUUACACGUUCUUGGAGGGAUGGAAGAAAAUUCGAUCGAUAAAUACAAACUUUCAACAAUCUUUUCCAAAUAUAACAAAAUUAAUUGAAAUGGCUUUGAUAUUGCCUAUAUCCAAUACAGAAUUGGAAAACGUUACAGAUGUUGGACCAAGUGGUGAUGAGUAUGAGUGGCAUUUUAAAGUGAAAUGUAGUAGUUGUAAUGAAUUGAAUGAGAACUGGGUUGGAAUGAAUCGAUUGUCUCAAAAUGAAAUUCUUGGAUCAAGAGGAACAGCGAAUUUAGUCAUCAGAUGUAAAUUUUGUAGACGUGAAAGUUCAGCGCAAAUUGAUCCAAUACCAACUCAAUUAUAUACUAUUGAAAACAAUGGGAAAUUUGUUAAAAUGUUGGCCGUAGAUUGUAGAGGAUUGGAACUUGUUGAUUUUGAACCAAGAAUGGGAUUUAAAGCUACAGGAGUUGAUUCUAAAACAUUAUUUGAAGAUAUAGAUUUAACUGAAGGCAUUUGGGCUGAUUAUGAUGAAAAGGCUGGAGUUCCGGUUGGAAUUUCAGAAAUCGAAACCGAGUUUAAACGCGUCUAA